AUGGUCAAGGCGUCCGACAUCCUCCUCUGCCUCGUCGCCAUCCUCUUCCCGCCCGCCGCCGCCGCCUUUGUCGCCGGCUGCUGCUCGUGCGACAUGCUCAUCAACAUCUGUCUCACGCUGCUCGGCUACAUUCCCGGCCACAUCCACGCCUUCUGGCUGAUCUACAAGCAGAUGAAGGCCGAGGAGGAGUUCGGACAGGGCCAGUACAUGUACAUCGGCUCCGGCCAGUACGUC